CAUGGACUGCUUACAGGAACGGGAGUGGAUGACAGAACAACAGACACAGAAAAGAGGUAACGAAAUAUAGUGGACUGGACUACAAAAAGUUGAUGAACAGAAUAUCACCGGCUGUUACAGUGUUGCAACACUACAAGAGAGACGCACACAUCCUGUUAUCUCAAGGUUUAGAGCGGUGAGUCAGCCCACUGCGGAGCGGAGCCCCUCUCCUCACAUACAGAGCUGCCAGACAAGGUGUUCUGCAGGAGUCUUGUCCCCCCCACCACUCUAUCCAGCCCCUCAAGGCUGAGAGGAUCCAAUAACUACACAACAGGACCGACAGGAUCCACACUCCUCUGGACAGGAUAUCCUUUUAGUUGAUAGUAAAUGAGGAGGGGAGGUGAUGAUGUCUGAGGACAGCUGUGGCCGAAUAUGCUGCAGGGUAAUGUAUAGCUGCAACUGGAAGCACCCCAGUGAGAGGAAACGAAAAGUGAGUACUGUUGUUGACCCAGAUUUAGAUUUUUGUGUAGAAUAUAGCUAUAGAACAUACAUUAAGAUUAUUAACAUUUUUGGUACUAACUUCCGAUACAUUACCAUCAUUAUCCUCAACUUUGGUUUAUAUACUGUAAUUCCAUGUAGUUGUUUUAGUGACUUUUCCCAGUGUUCCUGCUGCUGGUUGUCGGUCCUUACCGCUGUGUCCCUGCUCACUCUCUUCUGGAUGUAUGUCUGUCUGAUGGCUUUCAAUGACCGUGAGGAUGUCAACUGGAAGGCCUUUUCCAUUUUUAAACUGUGGGUGAACUGGUUCAUGGUGCUGAUCGUUAUCGCUGCUGUACUGACCAUCUACUGCAUCCUGUUACUGGUCUUUGCACUGGUCCAACUUGCCUUGAAAGAGCCUUUAGACUUACACUGUCUACACAAGUUGUUCCUGUUUUUAGGCGUGGUCUUCAUCGCCCUGGGCACCACUGGAAUAAGUCUACAGUGGAAAAAAGAGUGGCACACUGUUCUCCUGUCACUACAGGCCACAGCUCCAUUCCUACAGAUGGGAGGGGUUGGAGCCCUGACCUUGGUAAGCUGCCUGGUGUUCCAGUGUUUCCAUAGGACCCGCAGAAUAGCCUCUAAGAUCCUCAUCAUGGUAGUGUUUGCUGGCGUGUCGGUGGCAAUCUUCCUCAGCCCCCUCCUCAUCCAAUCCCCUUGUCUGGUGGAGGAGAAACAGCUGCCCCCUAAACCUGCCCUCAUUGGUCAUCGCGGAGCACCAAUGCUAACCCCAGAGAACACCCUGAUGUCGUUCAGGAGGAGUGUGGGGUGCGACGUGAUCGCCUUUGAGACGGACGUGCAGCUCAGUAAGGACAGAGUUCCUUACCUGAUGCAUGACCACGGAAGCCAUUUCCUGAGGAGGACUACAGAUGUUCUACAUAAGUUCCCUGGGAAAGACUUCAACCACAGCACAAACCUCACCUGGGAGGAGCUACAGGAAUUAAACGCUGGUGAUUGGUUCCUGAAGAUGGAUCCGUUCCGCUCAGUCUCCCAGCUCUCAGAGCAGGAGAAGAAGACAGCUGGGAACCAGAGUGUUCCCUCCCUUCUGCAGUUGCUGGACCUAGCCAAGACUCAUAACACCUCUGUCAUCUUUGACCUAAAAAAUGACGACAACAAUGACGCUAUCGACACUGUGAACACCAUCCUCAAAUCUGGCAUCCCCCAAGACCUGAUCCUCUGGCUUCCCCCCAAACACAGGGUGGAUGUGAGGGAGGUCGCACCAGGGUUCAUACAGGUCUACAACAAUGUGACUGAUAUGGACCUUGACAGAGGAGACCAUCUGAAUGUCAAAUACAGUGCGUUGAGUGCCACAGAGAUUGGGGAGCUUCGUAGCAGGAAUGUGUCAGUGAACCUGUGGGUGGUGAAUGAGCCAUGGCUCUUCUCUCUGCUCUGGUGCUCGGGGGCCAACUCUGUGACCACCAACGCCUGCUCCCUCCUACAGGACAUGACCCAGCCUGACUGGACAAUGAGACCUGAUAGAUACAGAAUGAUAUGGAUCAUAGUGGACCUGGGGUCAUUGCUCAUAAUGGUCACACUGUUCAUUUUACAGAGGGAAAGAGAAGCAAAGAAAGGAUUUUCCGGCUGGAAACAGAGAGAACUGUCCCGCUUCUUACCCUCUGAAUAGUUUGUAUUAAGCCUGAAACAGAACAGCCUGGAUCCAGACCCCCCCCCGACGACUCAAACUGGGGCGGCAGGUAGCCUAGUGGUUAGAGCGUUGGGCCAGUAACCGAAAGGUUGCUAGACCGAAUCCCCGAGCUGAUAAGGUAAAAAUCUGUCACUCUGCCCCUGAACAAGGCAGUUAACCCACUGUACCUAGGCUGUCAUUGUAAAUAAGAAUUUGUUCUUAACUGACUUGCCUAGUUAAAUAAAGGUAAAAAAAAAAAAACGGAAUUAUUCCGCUGCUCUGUUGUUCGCUACAUACUUCAGUCUGAGACUGCCAUUAUUGAACUCGUAGGUGAUGAGGUGAUGUCAUAAUGAGAGGUGUUGUACAAAACAAAGUAAUCAGCAAUUGGAUCAUCUCUAACCAAUCAGUAGCAAAGCCAAUGAUUGAUUUUCAAACCUCAGCUUUACCCACUCGUGUUCUGGCUCUGGCCCAACCCAUCAGAUUCAGGGACCAAUCAGAACGAUUACAAUGUUUUUGCCAUUAUACAAAUUGUCAUGGAGGUACUCGGAUCCAGACGCAUUACAGAGAAGAAAUUAACAUCAAUGGGGAUGGUGUACCAUUUGGCCAGAUGCAAGGAGUUUGGGUAGCCAGGCAAACAUUUUACAUUUGUCAUGAGAAUUUAUGAACAGAGGUGUAAAGAGUAUAUUCUUACAGAAAAUAUGUUUGUGUAACACUUUAUUUAAAAAAAAAAUUAAAUAACAUAACUGGUUCACUCUACACAUAAAGUUUAAUCUUAUUUGGAAGCUAUUGGUGUUGCUGAUAAAUGUCAGCACUAUUUCCAGUGCACUUAGGGUUACAUUCUGAAGGAGAGAUUUUACAAUCGAGAUUUGACGUGUAUGUGUUAAUGAAAUAAACGUUUUAUGAUGA